AUGUAUAUUGCUGAAGACUGCUACGCAGUACUUUGGAUACAGGACAAAAAUGCAAAGAGGAAAGGAAUUAUCAAGAAGAUGAAAUUUCCCAUGAUGGCUCAAGUGCUACCAUAAACAAUGGUCCACGUGGGUUCCCACCACAUGUUAAUUGCUUAUUGUGAUGACAUGUGCUUGUGGCUUUUUGGAGACCAUCAUCAGGCAUUCACAUCUCUGGGCAUAUCCAUCAGCUACCUCUGCUAUGAUUCAGAAAGGACACUCUUUUCUGGCACUUUGGGAGCUGUGGUUACCUGGCUUAUUUUACCAGAGGUCAAGGGCCUCCAGAUGGGUCAAACUGUGCCCAUGAGUGGUUGUGAGCUUAUGCAGGGCCUUUCCCUGAAUGCCUCCCUGGGCUUCUUGCUGGCUCUGUGUAAGAAUAUGGUCAGGGUCUUUACCCACCAAGGUCAAGGCCAGCUUAAAGAAGUGAAGACGUUCACUGACACAGCCAGUGGCUCCUUCCUCACUUGCUCCUAUAGUUGUGUUCCCCAGAACACUUUCUAUGCUGGAAACAGGGGUGGAGAGAUCCAUUCUUGGGGUCCAGAUGAGGGUAACUUCCUCCACAGCUUCAAGGCCCACUCCUUAUCAGUGAUAAGUGUGUACAGUCGGCCUGAGACCUAUACUUUUUCAGGUGGUGAGGGUGUUUUGAGGGAGUGGAACCUUGCUUCUGGGACCUUGCUGAGGCAGCUGAGCAUUGAUGAGAAUCUGCAGCAACUGCAGUUUAUUGAUAGCACCAUUUUUUUCUGCCAGAGUUCCUCCAGUUUCUCACUGCACCACCUGCCCCACUUUUACAGUCUCUUCAGUAUCUGCGGUUCUGCUCCUCAGAAGAUCCAGACGGUUUACUGUGGCCAUAACUGGACUCGGAUCCUGUGUGCCACGGCUUAUUGCUUCUUAUCCCUAGUAACAGGGGGUCUCCUGGUUGUGACCUGGCCUCUUCUUGCCACAGAUAAUGGUGUGGCUUGGGCCUAUGACUCAGAGAGAGAGGAGCUCUUUGUGGCAAUAAGCAGCCCAGAGGUGCUGGUGUUUGAUGCAACACAUUCUCCUUGUACAGCCAAGUAUCUUUUGUGUACUACAGAAAACCAGAGAGAUAAAGUCAAAUGCCUAUCUGCUUAUCUGAGGUCCCAUUUGGGCCAGAAUCAAAAAGGACUGAUGUUUUGUGGGCAUGAGAGUGGUAUUGUGAGAAUCCUCUCCCAACACUGUUCUACCAGAACAGAGAAGACUGUUCACUCCAGGACCGUGCUGGCAUUGUCUACCCUGGAAAGCUCCAAGAUCCCCUUACUCUGUUCCCAUGGCAAGAAUAACUUCAUACACCUGACAGAGGCUGUGCUUUCAGGGGACAACACUGUCCUGCAGCCUGUCAGUGAAAUUCUCUGCAAUUACUCCUUGAAACACGUGGUUCUUUGCCGAGUUAACCACAGAAGACCAGAAGUUAGUUCUUGGAAAAAAGAAAGUAUGGCAAAAGAAGAAAUCACUUGGAAAAGGAAGGAAAAUGACCUGGAAAGAGGGGACACCAUCCCCAGAGAAGAGAACACGGAGUUUGGAAAAGAUGAUGGAAGCCCAAGAGGAGAGCAUAAGGGCCAGGCAAGAGAGGACACUGUUCCCAGAGAAGGAACUGAAGGGAAGAGGCUGGGACCGGAAGGGGAGGGACUGACUGGGAAAGAACAGGAACAAGCUGGAGAAGAGGAGGACUUAGAGGAAGGAGUUGGAAAAUGGAAGAAACUGCUCCAGGAAGAGCAGGAGCCCAGCUGGGGAAUGGAGGAAGAGGAGGAAAAGGACUGGGAACUUGACCUGGGGGCCCAGGAUUAUUUGUCUAGCGAAGAGGAUGAACUGUCCGAGGAAGAAAGGGAAGAAAGUGAAGAAACAUCAGAAAGGGAGAGCCCGGCAGAGGAAGAGGAUAUCUCGGCCCCAACAAAGAAAUGGAUCAUCUGCCAGGUACAGACGGCCCUAAACCCAGUCACACUGUUGCCAGAUCCUGAUCUUGGGGACCCACUCCAUGACUGCACUGAAAUUCUGGCACAAGUGCAUUGCAUCCGGCCUGACCUGAAGGAUGUCCCCUUGCCUGAUGCCGAAGAAACCUGGUUUACGGACAGAAGUAGCUUCAUCAGAGAUGUGCACUUAAAAGUGAUCCCUCCAAUGAAAAGAAAAAUAGAGCUGGAAGAAGUCAUUCUCCAUCCCCGAGUCAGUGUUAAUAUCGACCACCAAGACUCAAACCCCAGAAGCUUUCAGUUGGCCUCCCUUGACCAAGCCCUACAGGGAAAACAGGCUCAGCAGUUCUCCACUGCUGUCAAGGAAACAAAACACCUUUAUCCAAUCAGAAGGGAUGUUCCCAGAGCUACUGAUCCCUUUGUGGAUAGAAAUUCCCUGGCCUUGAUGUUUAAGAAGGACUGCCAAGUCUCAAGGGGGAGGGUAGAGCUCCCCACAUUUUCCAAGGUGAAGAUGACGAUGAUGCCUGUCACUGUACCAAUGUCACCAUCUAUCCCCAAGAAGAUUACAGACUCAAAGGUUGUAAAUUGGCAUCUUCUGGGAGAGCCAUACUGAAGUACAAGGAUACAGCAGUUAUCUAAUGCUCUCAAAGAGAUGGAAACAAGACAUCUUUAUCCUGCCGAAAGAGACGUUCUCACAGGUGCCCGUGAGUAUGUGGAAAAACAGACCUUAGCACUGAUGUUUCAAAAGGAUCUCACAGCUUUUAAGAGAAAAGGCAGGUAUCCCAAAUUGCCCAAACUGGAGAAGACAAAGCCCAUCUUGAAAAAAAAGGAAGACGUACCACCAUGGAGGACAUUUGUGGCACUCUACCAUGUUUCAUGGAUGCUGCAGCAGAAGUAUGCCAAAGGCACUGCUGCUUGGAUGGAACAGUUCCACCAGCUCACGGACCUGUACCAGCUUAAGUCCCCCUGAAUCCAGAGGCUGCUACAGGACCUGCUAUGGACAGAAGAACCUCGAUCCCAAAAGGUCAUCUCGGAAGAGGCCCUGAAGGCCAUGGAGCUGGUGCCCGGGGAGCGGUUAUUCUGCCGUCUGUUUUGUGGUGGAUCCCAAGCUCCUUGGGUCUUCAUGGAGGAUCUGAUUGGUCACAAGACGUUGAGCAUGGCUGCUGGUGGCUGGGGGGUUCUGGGACCAUGGCAGGAAGUGGGUGUGGAGCUGCCCAUGGAGGGUUCAUGCUCCAGGGCUGCCACUGGGAUGCCAGAGGAUCCUGCACCUUGGAGUACACAGGAGUUGGGAGGUGCCCAGGAGGUUGCAGGAACUCUGGAGCCUGAGAUAGAGCGGCAGCACUAUCACUGA